AUGGCCGACGCACUUAAUCGCGACCUCUCAAUCUUUCUGUCGCUCCCUGCGGAAGGCGUCACCUCACUUUCAGAUAAGAUCGCGGCGAAAGAGGCUAUGUCGGAAGAAUUCGAAAGUCAGCGUAUGCAGUUGGCUAUCGACUAUUACCACGCUCAUACACAAUGUCUGGAGGUUGAAGGGGAGAUUGAUCGAAUGUUCACUUGA